ACCACGGGCGAGGCGAGUAGAAAGAUUAAAAAUGUUGAAAGAGUUGAUCAGGGAGAGAUUAUUGGCGGCGGCCGAUGAAAUAUUCGCGCUGUUUGAGAGAACGAUAACGUCGUACGAGGAGGAACUUUCUAGAACAAGAGAGGAGAAGGAGCGACAUCGACCACAACUGGAAGCUGCUAGAAAUACUCCAAAUGUUUUAUAUUUUGAAGACAAGCAGCGGCCCCCCCACAUUAAAGAAGAAGAGGAGGAAUUCCAGGCCCCUGAGGAGGGAGAGUGUCUUCUCGAGCCAGAAGAGGCUGACCUGACUGUCGUCUCUGUGAAGAUUGAAGACGAUGAAGACAAACCACAAGCAUACAACCUCUUGGCUCCACUGUCGGUUAGUGACGACACAACGUCACACUCUCCUGAGGACGAAGACCAGGACGACGCCCAGGAACCUUUGAGCAGCGACACAGACUGUAAAGGCGAUAUGAGGACUCACACUGACAACAAACACUCUGAAUGCUCGAAAAGGAAGACCGGUACAAAAUGUUUGACUUGCUCAGUUUGUGCGAAGAACUUUUCUCUUAAGAGACAUUUGAUUGUACACGCGAGAACACACACAGAAGGAAAACCUUUCAAUUGUUCCGCUUGUAGUAAAAGCUUUUCUAAUAAGCGCCAUUUAACCCGACACAUGCUGACACACACCGGAGAAAAACCCUUUAGAUGCUCAGUUUGCGGUAAAAGCUGCUCCCAGAAGACAAACAUGGCGUCACACAUGAGAACGCACACCGGAGAAAAACCUUUUAGUUGCUCAGUUUGCGACGAAAGCUUUUCCUACAAGUGCAAUUUGACCCGGCACAUGCAUACGCACGCAGGAGAAAAAAAGAUGAUUUCCUACGUUUGUGGGACACAGUUCUCUCAAAACGCAACAUUGCCAACGAACGCGGGAGAAAAAACGUUCGGUUGCUCGGUUUGCGGCGAAAGCUUUUCUUAUAAGUGCAAUUUGACUCGACACAUGCAGACGCACACAGGCGAGAAACCCUUUGGUUGCUCAGUAUGUGGCAAAAGAUUCACCCAAAAGGUAAACAUGGCCUCACACAUGACAACACACACAGGAGAAAAACCCUUUAGUUGCUUAGUUUGCGGUAAAAGUUAUUCGUAUAAGAAAAGUUUGACGGCUCACACGCUGACUCACAACAGAGACACAAAAGAUUGUCAAGUCUUAGAAGUGUAACGCUACAUUUGAGAAAGUGAGUACGACAGCAGAUUCCCUCAUGAGUUCCGAGUCAGUGUGCUGUAGAGAUGCGCGGAUAGGCAAUUAUUUAAUCCGCAACCGCAUCACAAAAGUCGUCAACCAUCCGCAUCCACCCGAAUCAACAUUUUAUCAAAACCACACCCGCCCGCCAUCCGCCAGUUGUUAUAUAUCUAAUAUAGACGAUGCAAGGCAUUAGUGAGGUUAUAAAGCUUUUGCCUGUUAAAGAAAGGAGACUGAUCCAAUGCAGCACAGACAUUCAAUGCGUGCCACGCAUUAAUAUAUCUUGGCCACGCAUUAGUGGCUAAGAUAUAUUAAUGCGUGAUAAUAUUAUUUAUCAUUAUUAUAAUAUUAUUGUCAUUUCCAUUAAGAAAGUGUUGACUAUUGUUGCCAAUGCCCUCAGAUCAGGAGUGCGUUCCUCACACUUUGUGUGCGCAGUUGCAGCAAGCAGAACGAGGCUUUUAAGAAGUUAAAAAAAAUGUUUUAGAAAGACUAGGCCUAUAUUUUCGUUAGGUAAAAAAAAAAUGUUCUGAAUUUAUUUCAAUGAAUAUUAACUUGUUAACGUUAUAAUGCUCAAAUAGGGACGAGGGCGGGGUGCACAGUGAAGCAGUGAACAAUUUUGCGACAAAGAUGAACCUUUAUUGAUUGAUCUGCAGCCAUGACAAAAUAUCAGACAAUUGACAAUUGUCAACGACAGGCAGGAAAAUAAAGAUAAACACAUAGCCUAUGUUGUAGGCAUAGGCUCAUACGUUUUUAAGUUGAAAUAAAAAAAUAAAUACAAAAUGUGCCUCAUAAGCCUUAGGCUGUCAAUCACGCGCACAAACUUAAAUUAUACAAUAACAUAAGUAUGUCAUCUCUAUUUACCGUAUUUUCCGCACCAUAAGGCGCCCUGGGUUAUAAGCCGCGCCUUCAAUGAACGGCAUAUUUCAAAACUUUGUCCACCUAUAAGCCGCCCCGUGUUAUAAGCCGCAUCUAACUGCGCUAAAGGAAUGUCAAAAAAACAGUCAGAUAGGUCAGUCAAACUUUAAUAAUAUAUUAAAAACCAGCGUGAUGUG